AGGUACUGAACCUUCAGGAAUUUAAUAAGACCCAGCCCCGGUCAAGAUUUGUUGCCUGUGAUCAAGUGGACACUGACUGAAAAUGCCAACCCAAAUGCAGCAUUAUAACUCCUCUCCUUCAGUGACAGGGAUUCUGCAUCCCCAGACUGCACAGUGUGCCUUUGAGAACAUGAGACCCAGAGACCCCUAUCCCAGUCAUACUGCUCCACGGAUACAACCCUCCACGGGAUUCCAAUUCCGAGAUAUUUCACCUCUGGGGGACAAACCUCUUUGGAAUGACCCACGCAACAAAUCAGAUGCUUGGACUAAGUCUCUCCGGAGAUAUAGGGUAACCUUGAAUCACAGGCCUGUUGAAUCUGUGCUGAGCAGAAAAGCACCUUUUGCAGCUCGAACCUUAAGUGCUGGCUUGAGUGGUCAUAAAUAUAGAAAUGGUUGUGUUGAUGUGUUGCCACAAUAUAGUUCAAUGAACGAUCCCCACUUGUUUGACUACUAUGCCAGGAAGUUUGGACUGCAGGGGACUACCAGGUGUCUUCCAGUUUCUGAUCGAGUGAAGAGACGUCACCAAAGUGCACCCCAAUACAGGUACAAAAGUGCUAGUAACGGAUCCAGUUCUGCAGUGCACAGCAACGUGUUAUACAAAGUCACUGUGAAGACUGGAGAUAAGAGAGGUUCAGGAACUGAUGCCAGGGUAUUUCUUAAGAUGAAGGGCUCUAAAGGAAAACUCAGCAAGACACGUUUAUAUAAGAAAACUGGAUCUAAUGUAUCUCAACAAACAGCUGUGUUUAAAGUCUCCAAAGGGUCAAUUAAUACCUUUAAAAUUCAUGGUCCAGAAAUUGGAGAAAUCCAAAACAUCACCCUGGAGCAUGAUGGUCUAGAGAAGCAGCAGGCCUGGUAUGUGGAGGAGAUAACUGUGACCAAUACAAGCCGUGAGAAGACUUGGCACUUCCUAUGUCGACAGUGGCUGUCAUUGUAUCAUACUGACUGCCAGCUCAGUCGCACCUUUAUGCCCAAUGGCAAAGGCAGACUCGCUGUUGUGGAUGGAAAACCUGACCACACAGUGUUAGAUGGAGUCCUGGAGAUGAGAGUAAAUGGGUUAUAA